AUGGCACCCAAGAAGCAAAUGGUCCUCAAGUUGACCUCCUUCCGCUACAAGAAGGAAGGAAUCUCUGAGAAAGAAUUCCACGAAUACGCCAGCAAGUCGCAUGCCCCUAAAGCAGCCAUCGUACAGGCUCGCCAUGGCGCCAUCAAAGUGUGCCAGUACCACACUCCAAGCGCCAGCAAGAGGCUUAUCACUGAGAAGAUCCCUUGGGCCGUACGUCCAGGCUGGGAGAUCGAAGAUCACGACAUCAUGGUGUGUGUGUACGUGCCGAAUGCGGAGACAGCACAGGCGAUUGUGACAGACCCAGACUUCCAGAGCCUCGUGGCUGGAGAGGACGAGAUCUGUGACCAGACACGCGCCAAGUUGACUGCGGGGUGGGAGGAGGUGUUCGUGGAGGAUGGCAAGGUGGUCGAGGCCGACUAUGGUACAUUUGAAGAGCUCACUAGCCUUGGCCAUGAUAGCAAGCCCACUUCGGCUCCCGAGGGCAUCCGCAUCUAA